GCAAAUCCCACCUGGCACGGCUACGGUAGUUUCCUUCAACAGCAAGAAACUCGCCGUCGCUCUCUCUCCGAAUCGUCCUCCUCCGAUUCACCUGCAAAAGGGAGCACACCUGAGCCUGCUCUUCAGCUUUCUCUCUCUAGGGUUUCGUCCUCCUCCUCCGGCGCCGGGCUCGUCUUCCGUUGCACGGCCUGCAUUCUUCCCUUCGCGCGGUAGCUUUUGUGGCAUUCCUUAUUUCCUUUUCCGGUUUCCCGUUUGGAUUCCGGGAGGAGCGCUUUUUCUUCUGUUUUUUUUUUUUUUUUCCUUUUCUGGUCGCCUUUCGCCGUCGCCGGUGCUUCGAUGGGGGAGGUGUCCGAUAAGCUGAGGCAAGCGGAGCUGAAGAAGGAGGGCGUUCGCAAGGCGUACGAGGACAUGCAAGCGCAGGCGCCGAAGGUGCUGUUGCUCUCCAUACUGUGGAAGGAUCUGGAGGAGCAUUACGACGGCGUCCGGAGGUCGCUGCAGUGCCGCUCCGAGGAGCUCCUCGGGAGGGAGAGGUCGCUCGAGGAGCGGGCCCGCGCGGUCGAGUCCAAGGAGGACGAGCUGCGUUCGUAUCGGCGGAGGAUCGAGGAGUGCGAGGGGGAGGUCAGAAGGAAGGCGAGGGAGCUGGCGUCGGUGGAGGAAGAGAUCGAGAGGUUGUGCGGUGAGCGUGCGUCGGAGGAGAAGCGGUUAGUUCAGACGCGCGGCGCGCUCGGCGAUGUGGUUUCGUUGAUCAGAGACAAGAAGGAGGAGUUGAGCUCUCUUAGGCAGUCGACUGAGGAAUGCCUGGGGAUUUAUAGUUCCAAAAAAGAGGAGAUGGAGCUGCUGCAACAGAAAGUAAGCUUGCAAGAGAAAAAAGUUGGAGUGUUGCGGAAUUUGCUAUAUGAGAGUGCUAGGGAACUAGAUUUGGAAAUAGAGAAGUUGGGACUGACGAGGAGUUCUCAUAAAGAGCUGUCGAGGGAGGUUGAUUUGAAAAGACAGGACUUGAACAUGGUACAGAAUCUGCUCGAGGACAGUUACAAGGAAAUGGGCACGAGAGAGAAUCGGUUGAGCAUUCUGGAACACUCUAUCGAAGAGCUUGAAAGGGUGAUUGAGCUCAAACACGGAGAAUUGCAGUCUAUAAAUGACUGCUGCCUUGAACUUCAAGUCAAGGAAGAGGAACUUGGUCGAGUCAAGAAAUGCGUUGAAGAGUCUAAUGAAGCGCUCAAAUUGAAAGAGAGUCUCCUUGAUUCAAUCCGAACAUUGAUUGAAGAGAACAAGGAAGAGCUUGAGUCCAAGGAAAAGCAGUUUGAUGCAAUCAACAAGUUGGUCGGUCAGCGGUCGGCAACACUUGAAUUGAAAGAGAGGGAGUUGGGGUUAAUCGAAACAAAUAUUGGAAAGCUCUCAGAAGAGCUUAAAUACAAGGAAGCUCAUUUGGAGGGUAUCAGGAAGUGUGUAAAGCAGCUUGAAGAGGAAAUGAAGUCAAAAAAGGAAGAGCUUGCUUUAGUUGAAGUAAAAGAAAGAAAGGCUCGCAGAUCUCUUGAAUAUAUAUGCCGGCAAUUGAAUGCAACCAAAGAGCCUUUAAAGGACCUCAAUCUUGAACUUGAAUCCAAAAGGAAACAGCUAGAGUCCAUCGAAAUUCAUAUGAGGAAAUCUGCAGAGGGACUUCAACUGAAAGAACAAGAGUAUGCUUCUAUCCAAAGCUCAAUUCUUGAAAGCUCAGUGACCUUCAAGUCCAAUAAGAAACAACUGGAUUUGAUGCAGAAGUCUAUUGCAGAGUGCUCUAAGGAGCUUGAAUUUAGAAAGGGGCAGUUGGAUCAAAUUGAAGAGAGAAGCAAGGAAGGCCACAGAGAUCUCGAACUCAAGGAAAAGCACCUUAAUGUGCUUAACGCGUCAAUUGAAGAAUGCUCUAAGAUACUUGAAAUGAAAGAGAAAGAAUGUGAGGUUCAAUGUAAUGAACUAAAAUUGAGGAGGGAACGACUUGAUUGGAUUGAAAAAACACUCAAGAUCCACUCUAGGGAGUUGGAGUUGAGAGACAGUUUUAAUGUACUUUCUGGUGUAACGGCUCAUGCAUUAGUAAAUGAAUCUGCUUCGGUUUCGCAAGUAAAUUUUCAACCUGGAAUUGGUGUUGAUGGAAAGAAUCUGCUGAGAUUCCUAGGUCAGCAAUUCAGGGAGCAUGACAGAGUGUGCUCUAAGGUGCUGGAAAGAAUUCAAACAUCACCUGAUGCUGCAAAAUUGGUGUUAGAUGCCAUUGAAGGAUUCUAUCCUCAGGACUCCAGUAAUGGAGAUGGAUUUGACAUUGGUACAACCAGAAGGAUUUGUAUCUUUCUCUUAGAGUCUAUAAAAGAAUUUUCAGCAGAGGUGAAGCCUCAGGUGAGGGAAGCUGCAAUGAAGCUGGCCCUUGAAUGGAAAGUGAAGCUAAAUGUUUUGCCAUCACGAGAGAAUUAUUUGGAGAUGUUAGGUUUUUUGCAACUUCUAUUGGCAUAUAAGCUGGACUCUGCUUUCGAUAAAAAUGAAAUUCAAAAUCUUGUCAAUUCAAUAUCGCAGUUCAGAAAGGCACAUGAAUUGUGCCAACUCCUAGGUUCUUCAGGUGCACAACCUGGCUCCUUGAGAUCCAUUCAACAGUGCCAAAUAAAGACUGAGGAGUCAGAGCAUUGUAUUGUGCACAGUUCAGAUGAUUCUCCUGGUGUGAUUUCUCCACCACCAACUGGCUCUGUUAGAGGAACUUUGCAGUUUCGCCAAACUGAGCUUUCGACUGAAGAUCAUGCAAUCCUCAAAGAAAUCUUGGAUGAGCUGCAAAGCUCCUCUGACCCUGCAGAACUUAUUCUGGGUGUAAUUGAGGGGUCUUAUAGGCAAUUCUCAAAUAGUAUGGAUAUGAAUUUGCAUAGUGAUGUUCUCAAGAGUCAAAUUUUUCUAUUAGAGCAGCUGAUAAAAGUUUCACCUUCAAUGUCGAAUGAAGUUAAAGAAGGAGCAAUGAAGCUGGCAAGAGAAUGGAAAGUGAGACUGACAGAAAAAGCUGAGGGAUCGUUAGAGGUUUUCAGUUUUCUGCAUUUCUUGGCUGCAUUUAAGUUGGUUUCUUCCUUCAAUGAAAACGAGAUUCUGAAUCUAGCAGAUCGUGUUUCACUGAAUGACAAUGCUCCGCUUUUAUGCCAGACCCUUGGUCUUGCCAACAGGGUGACGGCGCCAGCUAGCACACCUGCUUCUUUCUCUGGAGUCCAUCUGCAACCGCCUAGAGAGAAGAAACGUAUCGCCAGUGACCCUGCAAUCGAUCAGCAAUCCCAACAGCAUGCACGAAAGUGCAGAUACGUGAUGAAAAAUCCAGUACGCCCCGUGUGAUAUCUGAUGCAACUCCCAUCCUUGUUAUGAGUCACUCACCCUUGAGCACUAAGGUAUUCUCUGCUAACAUUAGGCCCUAGCUUUGAUCUAUCACUGCCAGUCGCCUCUGACAGCAGCAAAGACAAAUUUUACGUUUAUUUUCAGCGAUUGUGGUGCUGACAAAGUAUAGAAAGUACAGAUAGGUUUGCUAACACGAGCAUUGUCUCGCUUUUGGAAAGUAAGUUAAUGCUUUCAAUAUAGAAAUUAUCCUACGAAGCUCUCGACAAGGUUGAAGUGAUUGCGCCGGAUGAGCAGAACAUACAAGUGAACAUCAGAACAUACAAGUGAACGGAUUAUGUAUUUAUGACCUAAACGGCUAUCUGACUUAGUGUUUUUAGUUUGAAUUCGGAGAUCUAUCUCA